UCGAAGACCUGCCCCGAAGCCUUGAAAGAUGCCGCUGCGACUCAGCACCGCGCGACGCCGAUGGGCUUCCUCUCCCGUUUUGUUCCCCUCCUCGGCUCCGCGCUGCGUUCAGGCAGAGCUACCGUCAAAAGAAUGACACCCCUCAUCAUCAUCUACGGCUCGACCGGGACUGGCAAGUCGGACCUCGCCGUUGAACUGGCGACGAGAUACAAUGGCGAGAUCAUAAACGCGGAUGCGAUGCAGCUAUACAAGGGGCUGCCGAUCAUAACCAACAAGCUCACGACCCAGGAGCAGCGGGGGGUCCCCCAUCAUCUCCUCGGCAGCAUCGAACUCGGCGAAGACCCUUGGGUUGUCACGCAGUUCAAAAAGGAAGCCACAAAGAUGAUAUCCGAGAUUCGCGGUCGAGGAAAGCUUCCGAUUGUGGUGGGCGGCACCUCCUACUACCUCGACGGGCUGCUCUUUGAGGGAAGGGUUGUGGACAACCAACCAGCACUGGAAGGCGGCGCAUCGAACCGUGACGAACUGGCUGCGAAACACCCGAUCCUGACAGACACUCCAGAGGCAAUGCUGGCAAAGCUGCGUGAAGUCGAUCCCGUCAUGGCGGACAAAUGGCACCCGAAUGAUGCACGCAAGAUACGGACGUCGUUAGAAAUCUACUUUGCCACAGGCCGCCGUGCGUCCGACAUCUACGCGGAGCAGCGGAGCAAAAAAGAGUCCAAGUGGGCAUCGGAGAGCCGCGCGCGAGACCAUGACCUCGGCGAGAUACUUCUGUUCUGGCUCUAUGCCCAGCGGGAAGUGCUUAACGAGCGGCUCGACAAGCGCGUAGACAGGAUGGUGCAGAAUGGCCUGCUCCGCGAGACGGCCGAGGUUUAUGAUUACCUCCGCCAGAGACUCGCGGCCGGUGAAACGGUCGACCGCUCAAAGGGGAUCUGGCAAUCCAUUGGCUUCCGCCAAUUCGAGCCUUACCUCACAGCGGAGAGGGAAACCCCUGACAGUCCCGGGCUGGAUAAGCUCAAGCUGGCGGGCAUUGAAGACACCAAGUCUGCGACGCGCCAGUACGCAAAAUAUCAGGUGCGCUGGAUGACAAUGAAGACCAUCUCAUCCCUCCAGGAAGAGAAGCUGCUAGAUCGGCUCUACCUCCUCGACAGUUCGGACAUCCAGCGGUGGAACGCAGAGGUGUUGGACAAGGGGGUCGAGUUGACGAGGCAGUUUCUCGCCCGUGAACCCUUGCCCCCAGCAACCGGGAUGUCCGAAAUGGCGAGGGAAGUCCUGGCUGGAACAGUUGAAAGGAGCAACCGCCAGGACACGCCCUGUCGCAAGACUUGCGAGGUCUGCAAGAAGACGCUGUUAACUGAAGAGCUGUGGCAGGCACAUGUCACGAGCAGGAAACAUCUCAAGGUGGUGCGCGCUGCCAAGAAGAGGCAGCUGAUUCCAGCCCAUGCCGUGCCGUCCAGAGCCUUGGUAGCGGCCACACCCGUCUGUGCCGUCCCAGAAGAUACUGCCCCUACAAUAAAUCAUCUCUGACCUCAACGACUCCGGUUCUCUGAGUGCCCCUUGUCUUUAGCCAGCUCGCCUUCGCCAAUCAACACGGUAACAAUAGUGAUGAUGUCCCCGGGCGGUCUGAGCGGAAUCCUCCUUACGAGGCUACUGAGACAAUUCAAGCCCGAGCGGGUUUUGCCGCGCUUGGCCGCUGUAUCGGCCGUCUUCGAGUGCUGAGGAAUCGAUGGAAGUUCCAAUAACAACGACGACAACAACCACCACCACCACCUGGAUUGGUUGGAUAAUCAACAACACUUCUGCCUAUCACAACCCUAUGGUCCCUCAGUUUGAUUCAAGCUCAACCUAACUUGCUUGAAUGGUUUUUACUGGGCGUCUUGCCAUUUGUCA